UGGUAACCGGUAAGAUAGGAGGUACAGUAUAUAUAAGACCAGUUACCACCUGAGGAGACAACACACUCUGCCAUGAAGUUCUUGGUACUCUUCUCCCUGCUGUUGGUGGCUACGCUCACCAAUGCCGACGAAUACGACCUACGAUGUGAAGGAGGGAAAGUCCUGAGAACCGAUGGCGUGUGUGUCUUCCCUAAAGUAUAUCAGCAUCUGUUUGUGUACGAUGCCCCAGCGUUACCCGAGGUCCCCGCCCCCCCACCUCAGAUCCCAACACCCGAAAUCAUGACCAACAUCGUCUUCAUUCGCGGGCCAGAACCAGUGCAGGAGCCUGACCCUAUCAUAGUGGCGCCACCUAGAAAUGAGAAUGUUGUUUACGUCCUAAACAAGCAGCGGGCACCAGAGGGUCCAAAAGUCAUCGAAGUUCCUGCUCCACCACCCAAGACCCCUAAAGUGUACUUUCUCCACUACGACGACGACAAUAUCCCAGUGCUUCCUGGCGGCGCCGACUUCCAAGAUGCUCUUGCUUCCGCGAUUGGUUCCGGGAGUUCUCCUGGCAUUACCGGCGCCAGUGGUGCUUUUGGUGGUGGUGGUGGUGGUGGUGGCAUUAGUGUUGUUGGUGAUGGUACUGGCAGUAUCGGCCCUUACUACAUUUCUCCCUAUGUUAAUCAUUAAAACUCUCAUAGCAUAAGUUCUCCCCGAGCCUCGACUGCCACUGCCCUACCUUGGAAAUGCAUAUAUUACAGUAUAAAUAUCACAUUACUUUUAUUUUAUUGUUAUAUUAUGUGAACACUAGGGUCGUUGCAUAUCACCAUGUUAUAUUUUUUUAUUUGUUAACUAAAUGUGUUAUACUGUA